UAAAUCGUGUUUGAAAAGGUCGCCCUCUAGUGUGCUGUUGGGGUAAAGUUAUUAAUGCUUUAAAAAAUCGAAGAAAUCAUCGUUAUGGACAACCUCAAACUCAAGCCCACACUGGCUAAAAGGCCAACAUCGCCAUCAAUAAACCAUCAGACAAUAAACAUACGAUACGGUGAAGCUUCUUUUGAGCUUUUAUCAGACAUCUUGAACACGCUUAACAAGCAGAACAAGUCGCACGUGAGGAAUGUUUGUGGAAGUGUGUGUGGAAGUUUUAAAGACAGAAGAGUAGUCGAACAUGCAUUCUUUAUUUGUGAAGAGUUUAGACUUGACCCUUUAGUGGCUUAUCAUGCCAUUGAACUACUAGACAGAUUUAUGCUGAAGCACAUUGAGAAUUUAUUAUCCCAGCAGCAGAGCGAGGUAUGUGGUGCCAGCGUGAGUGCAGCCAAAGGAACUGAGGAAGAACUCAUCUUUCAGAUUCUAAGAGAUAAAUUCUGUCUCUUCAUUAUUUCAAGCAUGCAAAUUGCAAGCAAAGUAACCCUGCAUACCAACGUGAUUGACAACAAUUCUGCUUUGAGAUACCUUCAGUCGGUUGGUACUGACUGUCCCAAAGAGAAAAUAUUGGAAUCCGAGCUUCUGAUCUUGAAAACGUUGGACUUCAGUGUGAACGUACCAAAUCCUCUGUUAUAUGCGGAGACUCUCCUAGAAGUUCUUGGCCACAAUAAUCCGGCUACGGCGGUUGCACACCUGCAUCACCUGUGCAGGUAUGUUCUUCGAUUCGUUUACUUGCAACGGGAGUCAAUCUACAGCUCAUUACUUAUAGCAGUGACUGGAUGUCUCAGCCCCUCUACAGAUCAGCAAGCCAAGUUUGUGUCUGUGACUGAAGACUGCAUGCUGUUAGGGGUUGGAGUGAUUGCUGUGGCUGCUUUCAUCUACCAAAUAUCUACUUGGGAGAAGGUAGUGGAGCAGCUCAGUCUGAUCACCGGAAUCUCGGCCAAGAGCAUCAUGGAAUUUGCUCAUGUGAUCCUUGUGCACAUCACCAAGAGCAAAGCAAAGUUAUCAUAAGGAAGCAUAUGAUUAGUAGUAUAAGAAAUGCACUAUCUACAACAGAACUUUGGCAAAAUCAGAAUGUAAGAAAAUAAAUAUUCCCUAGUAUUGUAUAAAAAGCAGCUAAAACAUAGUUCAAAAAUGUAGUAAUGGGCAGAACGUUAACUAAAUAUUCAUAAAUAAAACAAACAUUUGAUAAGCAAA